AUGGGAAAUCCUGUUGGACCCGGGAUGUGGAAGGCUGCAUUGGCCGAAACUCCACGAGAGGCUUUUAAUUGGAGGCUUGCUUUCAGUGUGCUCUGCUUCGGACUCAUGGGAGCAGCUCGUGGUCUAGACGAAGGACUUAUCGGCACCACGGUUACGCAGAAAAGCUUUAUUAAUGAAUAUAACCUCAAGCUUACAAAAUCCCAAAAUGCAACUCAACUUGCACAAAGGACUGGAAAUAUUACGGCAAUGGUCCAGAUUGGAAGCGUUGGUGGGGCAUUGAUUGCGUUCAUAGCUUGUGACAAACUUGGCCGUUUGUGGGCUACUCGCCAACUCUGCACUAUCUGGAUAGUUGGGGUCAUCAUUUACAUCACAUCAAAUGGAAGUUACGGCCAAGUCCUUGCUGGACGAUUCAUCAUGGGCCUUGGAAUCGGGCAAACGACCGUUGUUGCUCCUACUUAUCUUGCAGAGGCAUCACCCCGAAGUAUUCGUGGACUGUGCAUCUGCAUCUUCUCUGGCUCUGUUUAUUUGGGGAUCAUGUUGGGAUAUUUCGCCAAUUGGGGAACCUCACUCCAUAUCUCCAACAGCACCUCGAAACAAUGGGUGGAUGCGACUAUUCUCCACAUAAUAUUCGCUGGUUUAAUCAUAAUUGGAAGCUUUUUCGCCUUGGAGUCUCCACGUUGGCUUGCUAAGGUUGGUAGAGAUGAGCAAGCGGCGGCCAAUAUGUCGAAGCUCCGCAAACUCCCAUUAGAUCAUCCAUAUGUCCAGGCUGAGCUCAUCGAUAUCCACGAUCAACUUGAGCGUGAGCGUGAGGCCACUCUCGGCUCCGGAUUCCUUGGGCCACUGAAAGAACUGUUCAUGCUUCCUGGGAAUAGAUAUCGUAUUCUUCUCGGCCUUGGAUGUCAACUUCUCGGACAAUGGUCUGGCGCACAAUCUAUCACCAUUUACGCACCCCAGUUUUUCCAAACUCUUGGCGUUACCGGUUCUUCAGAGAAGCUUUUUGCAACCGCUAUAUUCGGUGUCGUCAAAUUCGUGUCCGCGAUCAUCUGUGCAUUCUUCCUCGUUGACUUCAUCGGCCGAAAACGCUCCUUGGCGACUGGAAUCAUCAUUCAAUUCGUCGCCAUGUUUUACGUCGCCAUUUACUUGACAGUAGUUCCCUCAGCCACAACGGGUAAAUUGAAAAGCGCGUCUCAAAAGCAUGCUGGGACAGGCGCAAUUGCCAUGAUCUACUUCUCCGGUGUAGGAUGGGCACUCGGCUGGAACUCUAUCCAGUACCUUAUCGGCGCUGAAAUCUUCCCUCUUCGUGUUCGUUCUUUGGGAGUUUCUAUGAUCAUGUGUUUCCAUUUUGUGAAUCAGUAUGGCAACACGAAAGCGGUGCCACAGAUGCUCGUCGUGGGAGCGCCAGGCCUGUCACCCAACGGCACAUUCUGGUUCUUUACAGCGGUGACGCUUUUGGGAUUGGGAUUCGUUUGGUUUUUCUUGCCUGAGACUGUAGGAAAGUCUUUGGAGGGGAUGGAUGAGCUUUUCAACUUGCCCUGGCAUAUGAUUGGACGGAAGGGUGCUGCUUUGACUGCUGGAAAAGGAAGCGUUGCUGAAGCGAUGAUGCUGGGUGAUACUGAGAAGGUUGCGGAGAUUUCGAGGGAGGAACAGGUUGAGAAUGUGGAUGGAAAGAGGACUGGAGGGCGAUGA